AUGAAUGGUAACCCACCCCUCCCACAGGUUUGUCCUGUUAGUCUCCGCUGGAGAGUCAAGUCGUCCGAGUGGUUUAAGUUUCGAUUCGUGGAAGACGUCAAACUUUUCAUGGACCGCGAGGACCUGGACGAUUCUUACUGGAACGACCAUCUCGGCGCAUACUUCGAACUGCCGUUCGGAUACAAACCCGACAGGAAAGGUGAUGGAAGGAUGGUUACCCAGCAACUGAUCGGAUUGUUGGAGAACCCGGAUGUGUUCGGUUUCCAUGGCGACCGUCAGAGGAAGCCGUGUGUUCGGUGUGCAGUGGUGGGGACAGGAGGGGUCCUGAGUGGGUCAAACAAGGGAGCAGAGAUAGACGCACACGACUAUGUCUUCAGGUGGUGUGAAAUUCCUCUCAACGCUAACGUCGACCGCACAACAACGAAAGUUGUGCAUCCUGACUUUGUACGUUACGUCUUUGUGAACUACAUGGACACGUCACUGUCUCUUCGACCAACCACUGGAGCUAUCACAGUGUUCCUGGCUAUCCAACUGUGCGACGUUGUGAACAUCUAUGGAUUUGGCUAUGACCCACGAUUUAAUCAGCACUACUACGACCACCAAAAGGUUCCCAGGCAGCAGGCGGACGGAGAGAUCAAGUGGGGUUACCAUGACUUCAGCGAGGAGAGGCGUCUGUGGCAGAGACUGCACGAGGAGAAGAUCAUCACCUGGCACAACCGUCAGGAUCAGAGUCCCAACACUGCAGUACCAUAA